AUGGCGACUUACCCACCGACAUGCCCAAACGCCGCGAUCCCCGACAUAGCCGGCUUACCGGUCCCCCAUGAUAUCAACCUCAUGAUCGUCCCUGAAUGGGACAAACGGGACCCGGCUAUGGUCGCUUGCUGCGAUCCCAACCCUGUUCAGGUCGUCAAGGAUUGCUGGUUGUGGUGCGAAGUGCCGGCGUCGUACUUCGACAACGGGACGGCCAACGACGCGGUCAAGGAGGCGACUUCGAGCUGCUUGCGCAUUAACGGACGGAACAUCACCGAGUCCAGGAUUACCGGUUGGCAGUUCAACACGGCGGGUCGCGUUGGGGCGGACUCGGUGAAGACGCGUCGUGAGCAUCAGAUGAUGGGGACAUGGGCUCAAGCCCGAGAGAGACCCGGGUCAGGCCCUGGCAUGUUUGGUUGA